AUCCACACAGGUUUACAACACCAGAUAAUCUGGCCAUGCCAGCCCAGCUGCUUGCCACUGGAUGAGAAACUCCUCCCAGAGCUACUUCAGGAAGCCGGAUACGUUACUCACAUGGUGGGAAAGUGGCAUUUAGGGAUGUACAGAAAAGAGUGCCUUCCAACCCGCAGAGGAUUUGAUACUUACUUUGGCUAUCUUCUGGGGAGUGAGGAUUAUUAUUCUCAUGACCGUUGCGUCCUCAUCAAAGCAAAGAAUGUAACACGCUGUGCUCUGGACUUUCGAGAUGGAGAAGAAGUUGCAACUGGGUUUAAAAACAUGUACUCUACUAAUCUAUUCACAGAAAGGGCAAUAGAUCUCAUAGCCAAUCAUAAAACUGAGAAGCCCCUCUUUCUCUACCUCGCUUUUCAGUCUGUCCACGAACCUCUCGAGGUCCCUGAAGAAUACAUGAAACCAUAUUCUUCCAUUAAGGAUGUGAAGAGGCGCCGUUAUGCAGGGAUGGUGACUCUUAUGGAUGAAGCUGUAGGAAAUCUCACUGAUGCUCUGAAAAGAUACGGUCUUUGGGACAACACAGUUCUUGUUUUCUCUACUG